AUGUUCUCUCUGAGAACUGCGCAGUCCGCGCAGUCUCUCUUUUGCACUGUCGCUAAGAAUUCUUCUACGUGUCUCUCUCGGUCUGCAAUUGCUACCAGAACGUUUGCUACCGUUCAAUCGGAUAUAUUUAAGCCAACCAAGUAUGGCGGCAAAUACACUGUCACACUGAUACCAGGUGACGGUAUCGGCGCUGAGGUAGCGGAAUCGGUGAAAACAAUUUUCAAGGCCGACAACGUACCAAUUGAAUGGGAACAGGUCGACGUCAGCGGAGUGGAUUUCGGGAAUAAACGCUCAGAAGAUCUAUUCAAAGAAUCCAUUGCCUCGCUAAGACGCAACAAGCUUGGUCUCAAGGGCAUCCUCCAUACCCCAGUCGAAAUAUCCGGCCACCAAUCAUUCAACGUCGCCCUGCGCCAGGAACUCGACAUUUACGCCUCUAUUAUUUUGAUUAAGAACAUCCCCGGUUACAAGACACGACAUGACAAUGUGGACCUGUGCAUUAUCCGUGAAAAUACCGAAGGUGAAUACUCUGGCCUCGAGCACGAGUCCGUUAGCGGUGUCGUUGAAUCCCUCAAGAUCAUCACGCGUGCCAAGUCAGAACGGAUCGCGAAGUUUGCCUUCAGCUUUGCUCUCGCCAAUAACCGCAAGAAGGUCACAUGCAUUCACAAGGCUAACAUCAUGAAACUGGCCGACGGUCUCUUCCGCUCGACCUUCCACAAGGUUGCUGAGAGCUUCCCAACACUGGAAGCGAACGACAUGAUCGUAGACAACGCAUCCAUGCAGGCAGUUUCUCGCCCUCAGCAGUUCGAUGUUAUGGUUAUGCCUAACCUAUACGGUGGCAUCCUCUCCAACGUCGGGGCUGCUCUUGUUGGUGGUCCUGGUAUCGUCCCAGGCUGUAACAUGGGUCGUGAAGUGGCUGUCUUCGAACCUGGAUGUAGACAUGUUGGACUCGAUAUCAAGGGCAAAGACCAAGCUAAUCCCACCGCACUGAUCCUUUCUGGAUCCAUGCUCCUGCGUCACUUGGGUCUUGACGAGCACGCCAACAGAAUCUCAAAGGCAGUUUAUGACGUGAUCGGAGAGGGAGUCGUCCGCACUCGUGACAUGGGCGGCCAAGCCACCACCAAUGAAUUCACCCGUGCUGUCCUGGAUAAGAUGGAAGCUGCUCUGUAA